AUGUCUAUCAUAUUGACCUCUGAACCACAAGAUCGGCAGUUUUCCUCGCCACGAAAAAAUGUUAAACGUGUCGUCUCAUCAAUGUCGUUCAAUUUAUCUCAGCCUGCAAUUGAAUUUGAACGUAUCAGUGUGAAUACUCUCGAUGAACUUGAUGUGAAAGCAAUUACGUCUCCAAUGACCACCCAACAGACGACUGAUGAACAAGAUUUGUUAACCGGUCACUUUGGUGAGGAAUUUGUCUAUAAAUAUCUCAUAUGGAAAUAUCGAGAUGAACAGGAGAUAUGUGUCGAAUGGUUAAAUGAUAGCGGCGAAUCCUACCAGCCAUAUGAUAUUCUUGUUAAAAAAGGUGACUUACCAGUGCAACACAUCGAAGUAAAAACAACGACUAUGAGUGAUCAACACACAUUUCAAAUAUCUGUUGCAGAAAUCGAACAGAUGCUUAAUUUGUCUAAUUAUGUCAUUUAUCGUGUCUACUCUCUUUCGAAUAAUCCGUCCAUUUGUGUUAUUAACGAUAUUCGACACAAUCUACGUGAUACAAGACAGCUCGGUCUUCUGAUGACAAUAAAACCUGUAUUAAACCGGUGA